GCCAUUUUGUAAGUGUCCGUCGUAGUCAGUUUUCUCGGUAUAGUGAAAAAUAGUUUAUUCGCAUGGUUUUGUGUACGAUUAAAAGAUAAGACACUUUUUAAACUUAAUUUAACGUCUCGUACGUUAAUUUCACAAACCACAAGUAUGGAGGACAAGGCGGCGUUAAAGGAAUUGGAUCAAUGGAUAGAGCAGCUAAACGAAUGCAAGCAAUUGACAGAAAACCAAGUCAAAACGUUAUGCGACAAGGCUAAGGAGAUUCUGACUAAGGAAUCGAACGUCCAGGAGGUAAAAUGCCCCGUGACCGUAUGCGGCGACGUUCACGGGCAGUUCCACGACCUGAUGGAACUGUUCCGCAUCGGAGGGCGGUCUCCCGACACCAACUACCUGUUCAUGGGGGACUACGUCGACCGUGGAUACUACAGCGUGGAGACUGUCACAUUGCUGGUUGCGCUUAAGGUCCGCUACCGGGAGAGAAUAACGAUCCUGCGCGGCAACCACGAGUCGCGCCAGAUCACGCAAGUGUACGGCUUCUACGACGAGUGCCUGCGCAAGUACGGCAACGCCUCCGUGUGGAAGCACUUCACCGACCUCUUCGACUUCCUGCCCCUCACCGCGCUCGUCGACGGACAGAUCUUCUGCUUACACGGAGGCCUCAGCCCCUCCAUCGACACCCUGGACCACAUCCGAGCGCUGGACCGCUUGCAGGAGGUGCCGCACGACGGGCCCAUGUGCGACCUGCUCUGGAGCGACCCCGACGACAGAGGCGGAUGGGGCAUAUCGCCUCGAGGCGCCGGCUACACGUUCGGGCAAGACAUCUCGGAGACCUUCAACCACAGCAACGGCCUGACGCUGGUCUCGCGCGCCCACCAGCUCGUCAUGGAGGGCUACAACUGGUGCCACGAACGGAACGUCGUCACUAUCUUCUCAGCGCCCAACUACUGCUAUAGGUGCGGUAACCAAGCCGCCAUUAUGGAAUUGGAUGAUGCGCUUAAGUACUCAUUCCUUCAGUUCGACCCGGCCCCGCGGCGCGGCGAACCUCACGUCACACGGCGAACGCCAGAUUACUUCAUGUAGGCUGCACCGGAGGCGCACAUGAAGCAGUCGGGCGUCGGCGUCGGCGGGGGUGGUGUCGGCGCGGUGAAGCGAGCCCGCGCAGGCGCACGCGCACGCGCAGGCGCACGCGCACGCGCAGGCGCACGCGCACCGGCGCAGCGCGCGCGCGUGCCCCGCGCCGCGCGCCGCCUGCUCGGGCUGGCGCGCGUCGCCUCCUGGCUCGCCUCCGUCUGACACGCACACACACACCCGGGAACACACACUCCGCUCUGCACCCGUAAGCGUUGCGCUCACGCCUUAAAUACACUUGAUUAUUUUACUUACGUAACUACGGACACAGAUAUUUGCUAGAGGUGACGAUAUCCGACUCCAUCUGUAGUACGACCCGGUAAAGAAUAGUACGCAUAUUAAAAAAAUGCCAACAUCGUAUUGUCAUCGCGUCUCUUUUACACUCGUUACACUGCGGUAUCCUACUUUCGUAAUUAAAUUCACAAGUGUAUUUCGGGGCCAAACGUUAGCGCACGGUUCGCGGCCUGUAACUUAGCAUCACACGUUUGAUAUCGCUCGGGAAAGUGAAACGUUUCGCUGCGGAAAUUUAGAUUAAUAUACGUAGCAGUAAUUAUAUGUUUUUUUUUACUGUUAAGUGUUAUGCGAUAUUUCUAAUGUGGCUCGGUUCACUUUUUCGGCGAUACGAUAUUAAACAUCUACCUAUGAAAAUUAUAUGUAAUCACUAAUGAAACGUCGGCAUUUAAAAUUGUUUAAAAAGUUACGCAUGCGUCAAAUGGAGAUACUAAAUUACAAUUAUUUGGACGAGUGUCGCCCGUUCAGUUUACCUCUCGUGUCCGCUAUUAAAUUACACGUGGUCCGGUUUCCUCGCGUGUCUCGCCUCUAACUUGCCAGUGGAAACGUGCGCCACAUUAAAUAACGUAUCUUGUAUAAUUUGAAUUUUCCCGAUUCUAGUAUUCCAUUUGGCGCUACGAUAUACGUCGACGCGCCCCGCUAGUCGGUUCGGUUCAGUGCCGUGUGAGUUCCCGCCGUCCGCGUGCGCGUGCAGCUCCGCGUCUCGCGCGCGUCACCGAGCUGUCCACGCGGCUGCUCUAGUGACGGCCACGUGCCGGUGAGCAGACGCGGUGCACGUGCGGAGACGUGGUCGGCGCCGGCGCGGGCUCCGCGAGCGCGACGUGAGCGUGUCGCUCGCGUCACCGAGCUGUCCACGCGGCUGCUCUAGUGACGGCCACGUGCCGGUGAGCAGACGCGGUGCACGUGCGGAGACGUGGUCGGCGCCGGCGCGGGCUCCGCGAGCGCGACGUGAGCGUGUCGCUCGCGCUGCCGACUCGCGGCGCGCAGUAGGUAGUGGCAUACGUCCUGUGCUUGUGUCCGAUUAUUCGGCGUUCGCCCCGCGGCCGCGCGGCUCUGCUGGUAUGUUCAUUAUAACCUGUCCGGACCUACUGUAUGUACACUUAUGUAUCAGACACUUAGAGCUCAUUAAACAGCGUGCAUUUGCUA